CGCUGCUGGGUCCUGCAGAGAAUCGCCGCUGAGCCACAGGGGCAGAGGGUGGCCACCUAGUCACUGCCAGAGCCCAUGGUUGCAUCAGGGGAGGCAGAGGGGUGGAGGGGCUGGGCCAGGGCUCACAACCCUGGGGCCGAGGCGGAGCUCCACCCCCACCGGGCGGCCGGCGCGUCGCUCCCGCUGCAGCCGGGGGUCCCGGUCCCGCGGCGGCCCGAGCGCCGCCUGCCGCGGCCCCCCCUCUGGCCCCACGUAGUGGAACCUUCCACGGACCUCUUCACCCGGGCGCGCGCGCGCGCGCGGGCCCCACGCCGGCUACGUAGCUUCACCCUCGCUCCCGCGCGCGCGAGGAAGUACUUGGACUGCACCAAGCGCGCGGGGGCGGAGGGGGAGGAGGCGGGGCGCGUCUCGCCCACGCCCACUCCGUGUCCGGCCGCACGGGGCGCGCCACGGCGAAGCGUCCGGGGCCUGCCCUCCCAGCCGCCCCCUUGCUGCCUGUGUGCCUUUGGACGAGCGACUAAAUAGCAAAGAUAAUACGACCCUGUGGUCGUUCAAAGAACUUUCGCUUCGCGGACAGUGUGUUCCCCUCCCUCAGCCUCGGAAUUUUGUGUGUUGGGGGAGGGGGGUCUGUGAUCGAUAUACAAAGAGGAGAGACUCUGGGGUCAGCAGUUUGGGUCAUGAUUCUCUGAGCAGCAAGGGUCAUCGUCUGUGAAAAGGGAGGGAUGACACCUCCUUCGGGAGGUAGGGAGACCAGUGACAAGAGAACGCGUCUGCUCAUCUCUAGAGCCAGCCUGGCCGGGGGCGUGGCUGGGCCCUGCUCGGUCCGGGCGUCCCCAGUCCCCGGGGGAUGCCCGCCGCCUGCGUCCUUGGGUAUAAGUAGCCGACGGGGAAUACGGCUUCCGGUGCGCCGCGCUCGCGCAGGGUCCUGCCGGGAGUUGUAGUCCCUGCAGACCUCGCCUCUCAGAGGCUGCCCUCGGGAGGCCCCCUAUUCUCAGCCCAGGACUUGGCAACUCUGCUGGUGGGCUGUGUUAGACCCGUUACCUCGAGGCCGAUGUAUUUUUUAAAGCUUGAAUUUGUUGAGUUCUUCCCAUGCGCCAAACGAUAUCCUAAGUGCUUAAAGUUAAUUAACUUAGUUGUUCCUCAAAGUCCAGCAACCCACUGAGGGAAUAUUAUUAUUGUCCCUGUUUUAUAGAUUUGAAAACUGAGGCGUAGCGAGCUAAGGAAUUUUGCUAGGAAGCGACAGGGCUCAGGAUUUCUGUUCAGGCCUGACAUCCAGAGCCUGCUUUCUACCCCACUCUGGUUCAUCCUUUAACAAACAUGUUUGUUUGGGGUUUUUUGGUUGUUGUUUUUUCUGUUUUAAAUCAGAACUACAUUAAAGCCUAAUUUGGUUUUACUUUGUAGCUAUACAGUAAAAUAAACAAAGCUUA